AUGCUUUUCGUUCUUUCAGUCCUUUUCAUAGGAUACACCCAGGCUCAAACAUGCGAUAAUGAUAUCUGCAAUGGGCAUGGUACAUGCUGGGGAUCCGAGUUACUCCCAUUUUGUAUUUGUGAGCCAAACUAUAUUGGUUUCCGUUGCGAAACAGAGCUCUCAUCUCUUGGACUUGGUCUAAACCCAACUGGUAGUUGUUUAACGAGCUUGGAUUGCUCAAAUGGCGGAAAUUGUGUUUUUGGUGUAUGCCACUGCGCCCUGGGAUUCACUGGUUCUAAAUGUGAAAAAAAGAUUGAUUCAUUAUUCUCGGACAGCAGCAGCAGCAGCAGCAGCAGUAGCAGUACUUGUACUGCAAGUGAUUGUAAUAAUCAGGGAGUUUGUAUUGGCAAGAAGGAAAAUCCUCUAUGCCUCUGUUAUUUGGGAAGAACUGGAAAGCAUUGUCAAGAUUCAAUGCCAGGAUUACUGAACAUCGAUGCAUCAGCUCCAAUGACUUUCUGCUCGGCCAGUGAUUGUAAUAACAAAGGAAUUUGUUUAGGAACAAAGAAUACAUUCUCUUGUGCAUGUGAACUUGGAUAUACCGGAAAAACCUGUGAAAUCACCCCACAUCCCAUAUGUGACCCCAAAGAUUGUAAUAAUAAUGGGUUGUGCUUAGGAACUAAAGAAAGCUUCUUCUGUGCCUGUCACUUAGGAUAUUCCGGAGAUCGUUGUCAGAAAGUGAGCGGAACCGUCUGCGAGAACAGCGAUUGCAAUAACGCCGGGCUUUGCUUUGGUACAAAAACAGAGCAUACGUGUGUGUGUUCUCUUGGAUAUUCUGGAAAGAGCUGCGAAACUAAAAAUUUAGCCUUAGGUUUCGAAGGAAUAUGUGAUAUGAAAGAUUGCAAUGGCAAUGGACUUUGCUUAGGAACCAAGCUGCUACCCACCUGUCUUUGUGCCCCAGGUUUCCUUGGGCUCCGUUGUGAAAUAGAGCCUCUUUGUGAUCCUCUGCUCAGUUGCUCUGGCAAUGGAAUUUGCUAUGGAACUAAGAAGGCUUAUUCUUGCUUGUGCAACAUCGGCUGGAAGGGAACAUUCUGUGAAACUCUCAGCGUAUUAGGAUAA